CUCAAUGGGAGCGGCUGACAUACAGUCACACCCCCAAACGCACACGGUCGCUACCUGACCACCGUACGGGCUAUCUGACAUGGCAGGUCACCGGUUCGGACCAAGCCUAGCAUUGAUGGUUACAGUGGCUACAGCAGUUGCUGCCUGUCCCGACUCUACCUGGCAUCAGGAGGGAGAUUCGUGCUACAAGGUGUUUGCUGAACAGACGCAGAACUGGCCCGACUCAGAGGAGCAGUGCGAGCGCUGGGGCACGCUGGUCAACAUCCUGAGCAGCGACACCAACCGGCUGCUGUCCGGCCUGCUGACCGCCUCUGGACAGAGCCGUGCCUGGAUCGGACUCACUAACAUCGGCCACGCUGACUGGUACGAGUGGACGGACACGCACCGCGCGCCCGAGUUCAGCGCGUGGGGGACGGGUGCGCCCAGUAACGUGUCAUGUAGCUGCGGGCUGCUGGUGGGGGACGCCGUCUGGACGGAUAAGUGGAUGUUUGAACAGGCCGCCUUCAUAUGUCAGGCCCCGGCCGACGCGAGGGAGAGGUCCGUGCCGCGGGACCAGCCGGCGGCACGGAUAACGGCGGAGGGGAAUGUUUACUGCUGAUUGAUCGCGCUACUGUGUGCUGACUGUGUGUGGAGGCACCAAAAAAGGGCAUGGAAAACAGGCAAAUGGAAACGCGUUCUUAGUUGAGUUGACCUAUUGACUUAGGUAAAUACAUUUUUUGACGAAUGGCGCGGCCGAAAAAAAAA